AAAUUUUCUGUCCAAAUAGACAUUCGCUAAACCUAUUUGUGAUUUUCAAUAAAAUGUUGUCUAUAUAUUCUUUUAAAUACUUCGUUAAAUGUAGGAACAGUAAACCAUUACAAAUAUACUAAUAAUAAUUCGAGAUUCGAUUUAAGCCGCACGUGAUUUUAUAUACUGCAUAUAGCAACUAACAAAAAUUCCAAAAGAAGACAUUUAAGUUAAGGAUAGUGUAAAAAAAAAAAAGAAUACAGAAACAGAUUUAGGCCUUUAGAAGCAUUAGCUGAUAAGUUGAAGAAUAUGUCUAACGGGACAGGGCAGAGGUCCUUAGAUAGUUUAGCUCAUAUUGCAAAUAUGACACAUGAAUUACAAUCGCUUAAUCAUCAACUAAACUCCAGCGCAUCGCCUCCUAAUCAUGGUAUGGGAGGAAGCAACAUAAACAUCACGGCACCAACUUCGACUGCUAGUACUCCUCCUCCACAAGGUUCAUCUCUGCAAAGUCUGAAAUAUGCUAAAGCUAAGAAGAUGGCAUGUGUUGAAUGUCGUCAACAAAAAUCGAAAUGUGAUGCAUUUGAAAGACAACCGGAUGCUUGUACAAGAUGUUCAAAAAAGGGAUUAAAAUGUGAUAUGAAAGCUGAUUAUAGAAGAACUUAUAAAAGAGCAAGAGUGGCUCAAAUGGAGAAAGAAUAUUUAGAAUUAAAGAGAUCAUUAUCUGAAGCGCAAGCUGCUGAACUAUUAGUUAAAGGAGUUCAACAAGGUUCACCUCCAAAUAAUCAUAUUUUACAACCACAACAAGCAAAUCCACAGCAACAACAACAGUCCAUACGACAUGGUCAAAGCUCAGAUAACCGUGGUUAUCCUCUUCCACCAAUACUGUCAACUGUUUCUGGUUUACCAUUUCCUCAAAGAGUAAAUCAAGAAAGUGGUUGGCAGAAUGCAAAUCCAUCAACAGCUUCCCCCUUCCCAUAUGAUGUUAGAUACUCUCAUAAUUCUUCCGAUACAAACACGUCAAUUCCAAAUACUCCAUCAAUAUAUAGACUGUAUGAGGGAACCAUGAAUAGAAAUCAAUCGGAAUCAUUAAAGAUGGUGGAUACUAAGGUUGUUGUUCCAGAUUAUGCACUUGUGUGUGAAGAAAAAUCCAUCGACACUGUCACUUUACCACCAGAAACCAUCAGAUCUUUAUAUGUGGAAUAUGUUGAAAGAUAUCAUCCUAUAUUACCAGUGGUUGAUGUUUUAAAAGGUCCUGAAAGAGUUUAUAGAUUGUGUCCUGCAUUAUUUUGGACAAUCAUGUUUGUUUCAUUAAGAAGAUUUCAAGAAGAUUCCCAGAAAUCAUUACUUUUAGAAUUAUCUCGUAUUGUUAAGAGUGUUUUGGCUGAAAUUAUGAUUUCACCAAUAACAAGAUAUAAUCCAACUGAAGAAGAUGAACCUAUUUUAAAUGCAAGUUCAGUUUAUUCUGUACAAGCUUUCUUACUUUAUUCAUAUUGGCCACCUAUUACAUCUUCGUUAAGUGCAGAUACCUCCUACACCACAACUGGUACCGCUUUAUUCCUGGCCAUUAGAAUUGGUUUACAUUCACCAGGUGCAUUUGAAGUAUCCGAAGUUCGUCAAAAGACUCCUCAACAAUUAGCCAUGGCUCAAGAACUGGCUAAAACUUGGAUUGUUUGUAAUAUUGUAUCCCAAACUAUUGCAACUUCAUUUGGGUUUCCUGCAUUUGUUCAAUUUGAUACAUCUUUAUGGACAUGCAGACCAGGGGGACCAAUUACUAUUCCCAAAACAAUUCAACUCAUGAUGGAAAUUGCUCAUUUUGAAGAUCAAGUGGCAAGAACUUUGAAUUCUAAUCCUCAAGAUGCUUAUGGUUUAGUAGAUCCAGCUGAAAGAUUACCAUUAUUAAAACUUUUACUUGCUCGUUUAGAUGAAAUUGAACUCAAAUUAUUACACGAAUUACCAUCCGAUGAUGGAUUCAGAAGAUUUCAAUUAUUAUCAGCUAGAGUUCAUUUAUUAACAUACUUUUUCAUGGACUCAUCUCGUAUUGCCGAUUUCGAACUUAAACGAGGAUUAGUUAAUUUAUUUAAUGCAGCUACUGCAUUGAUUAAUCUUGCUCAAUACUUUCAAUCAAAAGAUAGAAAGUUUGUUAAGUAUUUACCUGGUGUUCAUAUCUUAAAUAUUUGGCAAGCAGCUUGUAUUAUUGGUAAAUUAACCCACUCACCUUUGAAAAAAGUAAUUGAUGCCGGUUCAGGUAAACAAAGUUAUCAAGCUGCUAUUUCUUUAGCUGCAAAGGCUUCUAUUAUGAAACAUGAUAUGGCUCAUAGAUCUAGUGGUAUAAUGAGAAAUAUGUGGCAAUUGUUUAGAACUUUAGAUGAAAAGAAAAUGAGUACUCUUAGUAUUGAUAUUAGAGCAAGAAUGUCAGCAUCUGUUUUCUUUGAUUGUUUAUAUCUUUUAAGAGAUCAAGUUGGUAUGACCAAGUUGAAUAGUAGAACAGAUCAAAAGAUUCCUGAAGAAGAUGAAGAAGAGGAUGCUGAAGAUGGUUCAUCUAAUGAUGGUGAAGAAUAUGGUUAUAAAAAUAGUGAUGAGAAUGAAGAAGCAGUUGAAUCUGAUACUGAAACAAAUGGAGUUGGUAAUGGAGGAAGUCAAAAAUCUACACCUGGUAGUACAACAUCUUCAGCCAGAAUGAGAAAACAAAGAUCAUUAUCAAAUACAGUUAAUGCCGAAUCUAAUGCAAGAAAGAUUAUUCGUACUAUUCCUUUAGAUCCACAACCAAUUGCUGUAAGUGGUAAGAGAAGUUCAAUAUUCAAAGUUGUAAAUGCAUCGAACGACAGUUCUCCAUAUGUUAAAUCAGAAGGAUCACCUAAUUUCAUUUCACCAUCCAAUCAACAACAACAUGCACAAAGGUCAGCUCAUAGCGAAAGACCGCAAGUGACAUUUGAACCUUUACCAGAACACACAGCACCACAACUUCCAGAUAAUAUUCCAACCUCAUCUCAAACUCUUCCAUCACAACCUGCUAUGAUUACUAGUAAUCAAGUUGCUACCGCAGCAAUGACUCCAAAUAAUAAUUUCAAUAAUGCUCAGAAUGUAACCGAAGCAAUCUUUAACGAAUCUCCAAUUCAAGCAGGAUUGGAAAACUUAGAGAUGGAUAACUUUGAUAUGAACACUGACAUGCUUUGGAAGGAUGUGGACAGUGUGAUGAACGAUUUUGGGUUCCAUACACAUUAAGUAAGACUUUAUAUUUUGUAAUAUAUGUAAACAUAAUAGAAAUUAGCUGU